AGACUAUUUCCUGUUUGUAGACUCCCAUGUUUUCACUUCAUCUUUAAUUACUGUGGUUUUUAAUAUUUUUACUUUUAAAAUAAUUAUUAUUAUAUAUUUUUGUAUUUUUCCAUUCUUGUUUUAUAUUAUUUUUCCUCUACGUAAGACGUUAUAUUUAUUAUAAAUGCAAAACGUCAUUAGAAUAUUUUUCAAGAAGGCAUGGCCGACACUGGAAUGAGCUUGGAUGACAUAAUUAAAAAAUCAAAACCAUCAGCAAUGAAAGGCAGAGGUGGUCGACAUGGAACAGUACCAACGAGAGGUGGUGGAGUCCAUGGUCGUGGAAUUACCCAAAAUAGAGGCGCUCGUAUUAAUGGAUCAAUUCGUGGACGUGGAAAUGGAGGCGUUACAGAUGCUAGAUUUAAAAUAAUUCAAAAGAAUAGACUGAAGAUGACUGAUGCUCGUGAUAAAUUAGCCGAGAUCGCUAAACAAAGUGAUGCACGAUUGAAAAUCGAUAAAUUAAGAGCGACACAAUUUAAGAAAAUUGAUCCAUUCUUAUCGAUUGCAAGGAAAACUGGUCGUAAUGGUAGAAUUACACUAUCAACAAAUAAAGUACCACAAUUCAAUGAUAUUUCUCAUAGUGUGCCAAAUACUUUUGUACAACAAUCGAGGAGAACAGUGGGAUUCAGACCACCAUUGGAGCCGAAUUAUGUUAAUAACAUAUCAAUGGAAUUUGACGAUGAUUAUAUAAUGGAUUCACCGCCAUUGAGGAGAACUGUUAAUAAUGAGUAUGCUCCGUCACUUCCACCACCGCCUCCUGUUUUUAACAUUAAACCAGCAACACCAUAUACGUGGGUUAAACCUUCGAGUUCGUUAGGGAAAAAUUCAGUGGCCAGAAAACAGGAAUCAGAGAGACCAAGAGACUUUAAAGUUAUUGCCCACACCUCAAUGUCUAAACCUGCUAAUUCGUACAGGGAGGAGUGGUCAUUUGGAUCAAAAUCGAGAACCAUUUUGUCAGAUAAUGCUGGCGAUAGUAAAUAUUAUGAUUCAAGAAGUCACAGGGAAGUUGGAAUAAAAGCUCGACUUGACACUUCUCCAGUCAAGUCACGAACUAUUGCAGCGCCUCAACAGAAAAUGAUUACCACACACACCACAGGUUAUCGAAUUGUAGUGUCAAAUUUACAGCCAAAUGUCACACAAGAAGACAUUAAGGAACUCUUUGAAGAUGUUGGAGAACUGCUUGUGUCUAGAUUAGUGCGUCCAGGAACUGCGGAAGUUAUUUAUAAGACUUUAAAAGACGCAACAAAAGCGGUUGAGACCUAUCACAACAGGCAACUUGAUGGACAUCCUAUGAAAUGUUUAUUAGUCAAUGCGAGACCAAGAAACAAUCCUACUGGACCAGCGGUCAGACCAUUAACAGAAUCUAGAAGAGGUACUGGAUACGUUCAACCUAGUUUAGGAGCAGUUCACAGGGCGUUAUUCGAAGAUUAAUUUUCAAAACCAAGAAAAAGUGCUUGUAAUCAAUUCAUUUUUUGUUUUUUAAGAAAGUAAGUUUUUCGAUACAGUUUUUAUAAUUUGCAGCCAAGAAACAUCAAAACUUUAGCUGUAUAUACAUAUACACAAAUAAUUUUGUUUAUAUCAGAAUUUUUUUUUAAUUUAUAAUGAAACCGAUUAGAUUAUAGUAUAGAUCUUGAAAAAAUUAAAGAAUUUCAAUUCUUUAAAGGAAAAAAAAAAUAUUAAUUUAGUUCUAGUUUUUAUGAAUUUUUAUUCAAUCAAUAUUUAAAAAACAAACAAGCAAAAUUUUUUUCAUUCAUAAAAUCAUAAUAUAUAUAUAUAUAUUUCCAUACAUUAAUUUUAUAAUUUUUGAAAUUAUUCACUAAUUUUUAGUUUGUAAUUAGAUUUCUUUUGCUUAUGGAUGUUUUUCUUUUUUGAAAUCAAACAAUUUGUUACAAAUUUAUUUUAGCUAUAUUACGUAUCUAAUGUUGGAAAUAAAGUAAAAAUGAAAAAAAACUA